AUGGAUGUUAAGAGGGCCGAUGAGCUAAUCAUGGCUGGUUCUACCGGUGAAUCAUCGGCUGCUAGCUUAUCGAACUCGCACGAUCGAGCUUCAACAAGUUGCUUUAAUCUUACGGGCAACGAUAUCAAAGACAUCGAGCUCGUGAUCCUUUUAUUAGCUUCGGCUAACGAGAUCAGUAAUCAACGGUUGGAUCGUGCAAGUAAGUUCCUCAACCUAUGUGAUUUCUUGUCUUCCAAUGUUGGGACAACAAUCCAGAGAGUUGUCCAUUAUUUCAGCAAAGCUCUUCGAGACAAAAUCGAAAGAGAAGAUCGGGUAACCUUGUCGAAAACCGGUGAUAAUAAACUGUCACACCCUGAUGAAACAAUGUCACACAGUUUGCCGGUCCAAGCCAUCAUAGAAAAUGUUGCUUCUUCGAAAAAGGUUCAUUUCAUCGACAUGGCUAUAAGAAGUGGAGCUCGAUGCAUAUCCCUAAUGCAAGCUCUCGCAACUCGGGAUGAGCCCCGAAUCGAGCUUCUCAAAACAACCGCCAUCUGGACAACAUUGCAGACCAAGAUCGAAGAGACGUAA